GGAUCUUUUGUUCCUGUUUUUGCAUCAACCAUCGCAUCACAUGUCCGACAGCCCCAGUAAUCAUCUUGCAUCUAUCUAGAUUACCAUCGCAUUUUGCUCUGGCUUCCUCCAAACCCAACAUCAGAGGAAUUUUAAUCCAUCCAUUAUCUGCUCGCUUUUUUAGUAGGGCAGCAUUAUUAUAUACCGUUCUGAUCAAGACAGAAAGAAGAGACAAUGGAAUUCCUUCCUACCAGCUACCACCAAGAUCCUCGACUGAUACGUCCCUUUGAAGACUUGGAGUUUUCUCGACGCCGCGAUGACGAAGAUACCUGCGUGUCGUCCGUAACGGGAUUUCCUGCCGAGCUCUAUCCCGAGAGUGGGAUGAUGUAUCCCUCUAUCGACUCCUUACCAGACGUUCCUGAUCAUCAUCACGCCAUGCCGCCUCCAUUAGCACGAUCGCCAUUGUCUCCUCCCCCUUCCGUCAAGCCUUCUCCUUCCGUCAAAUCUCCUCCUCCUCCAACUUCUAAUACUACCCUGAUGUAUCCCUCUCUGGCCAGCAUUGUCGAAAUCCCCGAUGCCUUGCCUUCUGCCGUCCAAAAACCGGGCGCCGAAGACCGUGCUCCCGAAGUGGCUGUCUUACCGAACCGUCGUGUCCCUCAACCGCCACAAGACGCUGACUACAUGAGACGCACCGAAUUGGCCAUUCUCAAGGCCGCUCAGAAUUCUCCCAAACGAUCCACCCCAGCGUCACCCGCCAUGAGUGUACCACCACAUUUGCCACCCCCCCUCCAAGACGCAUCGGCUACAAAUCCGGCAUCGUCGCUCGAUGAUUCCCAAGGAGACGAUUAUCUGCGGCGUACCGAAGCCGAGAUUCUCAAAGCCGCGGCUGGUGGGAAACCGCACUUUUUGUUACAGUCCAAAAAAUCGUCCUUGGAUGCUUCUGAAGUAUCAAGUCAAGAAGACGAUGAUUUCAAAAUGGCUGCCUCGUUGCAUAGCAAACAGCAAGAAGAGGAAGAUUACAAAAUGGCAGCUUCACUGCAGCAGCAAGAAGAGGGUAUUGUUGUGAGCAAUAAGAAUCCUUCCCAACAAGAUUCCAGCAUGAACAGCAACCAUUCGAAAAAUUUGCAAACUGGCACCGACCCAACAACCAACAGCGGCAGUGACGAAGACGACGAAGAAAAUACCGGUCAUAGCAGCGAACCAAGUGAUGAUAAUCAUGGUGUCAUCAUUACUACGUCCCAAGACAACGAACACGUCGCUGAAGUGGCCGUCGUCACGGUGGCACCCCAACACGACGACGUGAAAAAGGACGAUCCCAACGUCUGUGGCAAAUCGUACUCCAAAAAGACAAUUCUCACCGCGACAGUGUUGUCGAUUUUGACGGUUUUGGGAAUCGUGAUUUUACUCGGCGCCGUGUGCGGCAGUGGUCAUUGUGGCAGCAGCGACACGUUGGCAUCCACCACAAGUGCGAAUCCCCCGACGGAGCGAUUUCGCGCUGUUCAAACUCAACUCGUGGCAACCUUUGGAACUUCGUAUUUUGAGCAAGAUGAUGAAUAUCCACGACAACAAGCACUCGACUGGAUCGUGCACGAGGAUCCCUUGCAAUUGCCACACGAUCAUGUCUCGCUCUUGCAACGAUUUAUUCUCGCCGUGUUCUAUUUUUCCACAUCACGGCAUACGGAAUGGUUGGCAUGCAAUGCCGCCGAUGCCGAUCAGGGAGAUUACUGCUACUAUGCGCGAGGGCUCGAACAUGCCGAACAAUUUGGAAUCCGAUGGUUGGCCGGAUAUCACGAAUGUCAAUGGGCCGGAAUACGAUGUGCCGGUGUGUUGCAAGUGGAAGAAAUUCGAUUGAGCGCCAACCAAAUCAAUGGUCGCAUCCCCUCCGAACUGGCGCUGCUCAGUGAACUCAAAGUGCUGUCGUUGUGGCACAAUGAAUUAUCAGGGUCCUUACCCGUCGAACUCACCACGGGGCCGGUUUCCUUGCACACGCUGCAGCUACAAGAAAAUAAUCUCGUCGGGACGUUGCCGAGUGCACUCUUUGCCAAUCUCCACAACUUGGCGCAUGUCAACUUGGGGGCGAAUGCCUUUACGGGAGUGAUUCCCACUGAAGUGGGUCUUCUCGCCGCUGCUUCGUCAUUGGAUCUACGAUCGAAUCAGUUCACUGGAACGCUUCCCAUAGAGCUGUUUCGACUCUCCCAGUUGAACGAGUUGCACCUGUCGGGAAACAAGAUCACUGGAACGAUUCCAUCGAAAAUUCGUAACCUCGUCAGACUGGGUCAUCUGGAUCUGAGCGACACGUUGCUCUCGGGAUUCCUCCCUUCCGAGAUUGGACUGUUGCAGUCGAUCCAAUCACUGAACCUCGGCAACACAAAACUCGAAGGAAGUCUCCCGGAAGAGCUCUUCACCGGUGACAAGUCCCUUGCUUUGUUGUUCCUCAACGACUGUCAAUAUUCCGGGACAAUCAGCAGCCAGGUGGGGUUGCUGACCAAUCUUCGCGCAUUGGACCUGUCCAACAAUGAAUUUGACGGCAGUAUUCCCAAGGAGAUUGCCAAUUUGAAAAAGCUGGAUACUUUGAAACUGAACGGGAAUCCGAGUUUAACGGGGGCCGUCCCGUCAGAAAUUUGUACUUACCCGACGUUCCAGAUACCCACAGCAACCUUGGUGGCAGAUUGCCUAACUCCGCAAGGAGGCAAUCCAAACGUUGAAUGUGCAUGUUGCUCAUUGUGCUGCAGUCCCAGUUCCGGUGUCUGCCCUGAAGGGCUUAUACGGUAGAAAUGAAACAAGACUAUUGUGGCAAAUGUUAUGAGGUACUAAGGCCAUGUAAUGUAGAGUAAUGGAAACCCACUAGAAUGAAAUCAUCACAUUUCUCCGCAGAGGGAUGGUGCAGAAA